CCGUAGACACACACAGGGACAGCCUCUACGUGCUUCCCCCAUGAAGUGCGCUGUGCGUUUCCUCACACGUCUGGCAAUGGACCUAAAGCUCCUCAGGGUCUUCCCUUGUGUUUGAGCCAUCUAAAAACAGUUUGUCCACUGUUGUUGUCCUCAUCCUCCUCAUCUUCAUCAGACCCAGCGGGAGCAGAGAGGAGGAAGAAGAUGGGGUGCUGCUCUGCACGAUGCACGCUCAUCCUCCUGUGUUGUCUGCAGUUGGUAACUGCGCUGGAGAGGCAGGUGUUUGACUUCCUCGGCUACCAGUGGGCUCCCGUCAUGAUCAACUUCUUCCACAUCAUCGUGGUCGUCCUGGGCCUGUUUGGCGUCAUCCAGUACAGAUCCCGCUACGUUAUUUUGUACCUGCUGUGGACGUUGUUGUGGGUUGGCUGGAAUGUCUUUGUUAGUUGUCUGUACUUGGAUUUGGGAGGGCUUUCAAAGGACAGCGACAUACUCACCCUGGGAGUGUCGUCGCAUCGCUCCUGGUGGAAGGACAACGGGCCGAGGUGUGAGAGCGACGGCCUUCCCUCCGCUGGGUGGCGGAAAUGGGAGCCGACCCCAGCGUUGAGCUGCUGGCUGGAGUACCAGUACGUAGAAGUCCUGCACUGCAUCGUCCAGCUCCUCGUAUCACUCCUGGGAUUUGUUUAUGCCUGCUACGUUGUCAGCACUCUCUCAGAUGAGGAAGACAGCUAUUAUAUAAUAACCGCCAAGGUAAAGGCCAAGGAGGAGCCGGGCAAGAAGGGGAGACAACUCUGAAGACCUGUUUGUCAAUAAAAACAUCUGUUACAGAUGUUGAACCUCACCGUGCACUAACUCUACACACUGUCCCGAGUAAACAGGGGCAUUUCCAGUCGCCUUUAUCGCUGCAUAUGAUGCGUUUUUUCCUCAGGCCUUUCUGUAAAACUACAUGUAACUCUACCUCUGUGUGUGUGUGUGUGUGUGUGUGUGAAAGAGAUAGACAUCACUAGAUAUGAAGCACUCAAGUGUGAUUUUUUAAAAGAUGUAAAUAAGUACCUCAUUCUUUCUGGUGUUUUGCAAAAAUGUGUAAAUUAUUAAUGUCAUUUCAAUUAGAAAAAGUGACCAUCCUAACUUGUGUGUAGUGUAUGAUAUAAUUCAGUGAAAUAAACCAUGCAUACAAUACA